CAACGCGCUCAUCCGCGCGACCUGAGGUGAGGAGUGAUGAACAACAGGAGCUUUCAAAAUAGAAAAAACAAAAACAUGUCAGCAACACUCCGAGUGUGAUAUUUGCAGCUCUACAGAGACAGGCUGGUUAUCUGGGACUGGAUUCCAAGGCUGUUAUUCCAGGAGUAAUGUGCUCUGGAGAGACUGUUGCUUGAUUUCAUAAAGAAACGGCGGAAGCAGUUGAACAGAGAAGCCAAAUUAUGAAGAGGAUGUCUGCAACAAAACGCCUAAAUACAGAGAGGAGUUUCAGAGUGGUCGUCCGUCUGUGUGCCUGUGAGAACACACACUCACACACAGUGAACAGACCAGAACAGUCUGUCUCUUUAGAUGAACCCAGAGCCUCUAUCAAAGUGACACAUCUCAACAAAGUAGUUGUUGACACUGGAAGGAGUCACAAGCCUCAUAUUAUAGACCUCGAUGCAGUCUUAAAUGAGGAGGCAUCACAGAGAGAUGUUUAUGAGUCUACAACAAAGUCUCUGGUCGAGUAUCUAAUGCAGGGUUAUAAUGGCUGUGUAAUUGUCUAUGGAUCUCCGGGCAGCGGUAAAACUCAUACCAUGCAGGGAUGCAGCGUGUCAGCCAAACACAGAGGCAUCAUCAGCCGCGCUGCUGAGGACAUCUUCGCCUCCCCCAAGGCAUCUCACUGCAAAAUCAGAGUCUCGUUCUACCACAUUUUCAAUGAAAAGAUUUAUGACCUAUUGGAUCCAAAAGGGAGUGAGGUGGUUUGGCUGCGUGACUGUGAGGAGGUGGUGCGUCUCGAUGGGUUGACGGAGGUGGAAGUGAACUCUGUCCAGGAUCUGCUGCAGGUGCAUCGCCGGGGCUCUGUCCUCAGGCACACAGGGAUAUCAAAGGCAGAUUUUCCAAGCCGAUCCCACAUGGUAUUCAACAUUGUGGUCAUUAACACAAUGCUCCAUUGCCCUGAGGGAGUUUUGACAGCCAGCAAACUCACUCUGGUGGAUCUGGCAAGCUCAGGAAAAUGUCGUAGUUUUGUGGUUCCUGACAAGAGAACUUUCAAUGCCACAAAUGAAAACCCACAAGAGACCAAGAUGCUGAAACGCUCUCUCACCAUAUUCGGAAAUGUGAUUUUUGCCCUCAGCUCUGUGGGGUCCCAGCAUGUCCCAUACAGAGAAUCCAAACUAACCCGAGCACUUAGGGACUGUUUGGGAGGGAACUGCCGGACGUGUUUAGUGGUCACGGUUUCAUCUCAAUCAUCUUUAAUAUCUGAAACUCUCAGCUCUCUACAGUUUGCCUCCAGAGCUAUGGCUGUUCCAUCACGACCCAUAUACACCUCUCAGUUACAUUACACACCUGAACAGAAGGAUAUUAAUCAUCUGACCAGACAGCAGAUUUUACCACCAGUCGGAUCUGACAGAAAGUCUCAGACAUGCUUGCUUCCCAAUCUUUUGAGUUCAGUCAGUCCCUCUGAACCUAAACUCAGCUCAGGCCACUGUGGAGAUGGGCUGGAGCUCAGAACUUUUCUCCCCCAGCUGGAAAAACCAGGCCAAACCGAACCACCUGGGCAUUACAGCCGCGGAUCUCGACCUGGAGAUGAGAAAAACAGAGCUGAUGGUAACAAGACACGCUCCCUGCCCCAUUCCCUUUCUGGGGCAGUUCUCCAUGAUGCUGGAGGCAGAGAAAGAACUGAAAGGGGAUCAGAGUUUUCAUCUUCACAGCUCCGUUCCGUAGAACGGCGCUCUACAUCCUCUCUUGAAGCUUUUUCAGCUCCCUCGGCAGCUGUGGAAUGUCCUAACUGUUCCCGGGAACAAAAGCUCAGAGAGGAAUAUGACAAGAUUAUUGUUCAGGGAAGGAGAGACAAGGAUUCUCUCAGUCAGAAAGUAGCAGAACUGGAAAAUGAGUUGAAAACAAGAGCAACACAGGAGAAACAAGAGGGAUUGAGCUUGGAAAAGUCAAGAGGAAAUCAAGAUUCUGCAAGCAUCACAUCUGCAGAUAUGGGAAUAUUAAAGACUGCAGAGGUGUGUUUGCAAACAGAAGCAGAGGAGCUGAGAUCAGACCUGAGCACAUGUCGUGAGAGAGAGAAAAUGCUGACACAAACGCUGCACUCUGAGAGAGAAAGGCUGAGCCAGGACAUCCAGAAUCUGCUCACACAACUCAACAGCACCAGAGAGAGAAACAGCCAGCUUGUGUCAACCCAUAACAACCAGCGGGAGAGCUUGUUGGCAGAACUACAGAUCAGCAGAGAAGAGCUCAAAAGAUUUCGAGAGAGUGUGUCUCUUACCCUCAGCCAGCUCGAGACUGAAAAGGCUGAACUGAUGUCACACUUGGAGGACAUAAAAAGUUCCUAUGAAAAGGUGUGCUUGGAAAAUGCUGGUUUGAGACAGAAACUCAAGUCAUUUUUGAGGGAGAUCAACUCUGCACCCUUUACAGAAUCCAGCAGUCCAGACACAAACUCUUCACACACACAUGCAGUCACAACGAACACCGAAAUGAUUGUCGUCUCACACCAAGUGUCUCAGCUGUGUCCUGCAGGUGUCACACAAGGAAGUGAAUGCUGCUUUAGUCAGUGUGAAGAGUUUCAGCAUCCUGAGGUGGAGUUUACAGAGAAGUCUGAAACCACAAACAACAGCAACUGUGAACAGCCUCUGUAUAAACCUCAAACCCUCUACAAGCAGUUGAGGAGGGAGCACAGUCUGUUACUGGAUGUGAUGCUGGUUUUGUACAGGAGAGAGUGGUUUCUGCAGGACGCUAUUCCAUAUGUCAGACGUACACUCAGGAAGUGUGGACUGAGACCUGAGGAUAUAGACUAAAGACUGUACUUGUGUAUGAGUGAAUGAGGGAUGUGGAGAGUAAAAGUUAUCAUGUAUGAAUCAUUGUUAAGGCAUAGUUCACCUAAAAUCGCAAAAAGCUGCCACAUCCUAAAGGAACAAAAGCUAAAAGGUACAUCUUUAUACCUUAUUUACCCUUGAAAGGUACAUAUGAAUAUCUUAAAGGUACAUAUUAGUACUUUUAAGGAAAUAUUAGUAGAUAAAGUGUUAUUUUUUUAGAUUAAAGGCUCCAAUUGCAGUUGCAUGCAUUAGAAUGAUCAGCACGGUGCUGUAUGUCCGUGUUCAAUAGAAGAAAUUAAGUCAUCACAGGUUAGAAACAACAUGACAAUUAGGGAAUGUCGAAAGAAAUGCAUUUUAGGGUGAACUAUUCCUCUAAGUGGCAUGAUAAUAUAUCUAACUUAACUAAGGGAACAAUAAAGAAAAAGCACCACUGACAAAGUCCAGCGUGUUGUAUCAGUGCUCUGAGGCCUUGAAAAUUCAUCAUCAUACUAAUUUUCGGCCUCCUCUACCUCCUGCAGUGUGUCAUCCAGAUUUCUAGGAGGCAGUGCUGAGCCUGUGUAAUU